AUGUCGUCGAACAGCACACAGCCGCAAACGCCGAGCGGUGAGCUUGGCCCAGAAGCUAAGCCUAGAUUUAGUGCCUUAGCCGCAUCCAAUCAAUGGAAGCGUGCCGCUCUUAUGGCCAAAACAGUAUCGGCCUUUAAGGAGACCAUAUCAGAUGAUAGCGAUGAGGAGGUGGAUACAAAGCGGCAGAUCAAGUACGGUAGCGGCCUGCAGGCGGCUAAGGCCAUCAUUCAUGAAUAUUGCGACUACAGCACCAUUCACGGCAUACGCUAUCUGGGUGAGCAGAAGCGACCCUGGCUGGAGCGACUUUUCUGGGUGAGCGUAUUUAUGCUCUCCAUUUUCACCUGUGCCAAACUAACAAUGAACAUCUGGGAUAAGUGGAACAAUAAUCCGGUGAUUGUAAGUUUUGCGGAGAAAUCAACGCCCGUCUGGCAGAUCCCUUUUCCUGCCGUCACCGUAUGCUCGGAGACAAAGUCGCGCCAAACGGUUUUCAACUACACCGACACUUAUUGGCAGAUACGAGACUUCCGCAACAAUGUGAGCAACGUCGAAGAUCUCACUGUGGCAGAAAAAGCUACUUACGAGGCUGUGACUCAAGUCUGCGAUGCACAUUUGAAUGACAUUGAAAUGGGACCGAAAGUGAAGAAGGGUAUUGAUAUUAUUGAUGCGCUCAGUGAAGUUGGACCCCAGUUCAGCGACACGUAUUUGGAUUGUAAAUGGCGCAAUCUUCCCGUGAAAUGCAAUGAGAUCUUUCACAAGUUUGUCACCGAAGAUGGUGUGUGCUACAGCUUCAACUCACUGAGUCCAGCAGAAAUCUUUCGUGCCGAGGGUAUCAUACCUGAUUUCAUAUUUCGCGAGGAGAAUCGCUUGGCCACGGAAUGGAAUGUGGAGGAUGGUUAUAGCAUUAGUGCCAAUACCGAGACUUAUCCCAAUCGUGUCCUCGGUCCCGGCGCCAAGGCUGGUCUGUAUAUGUUUUUGGGUGGUGCGGAAGUGGACUUCGAUGAUAUUUGUCGCGGUCCUGUUCAGGGCUUCAAGAUUCUACUUCAUACACCUGGUGAGGUAGCACAGGUGUCCAAGCAAUACUUCCGUGUACCCUUCGAUCAGGAGGUGCUUAUAUCCAUACGCCCCAAGAUCAUCACCACUUCGGAUGGCCUCAAGCACUAUGAGCCGCAUCGCCGUCAGUGCUACUUUCAGAAGGAACGUUAUUUACGGUACUUUAACAUCUACUCGCAGAGCAACUGCGAACUCGAGUGUCUGGCUAAUUUCACCCUCGCCAAAUGUGGCUGCAUCAAGUUUUCUAUGCCACGUAAUACUAAUAUGCCCGUUUGCGGAGCGGCGAACAUGAAGUGCUACGAUGGAGCCGAGGACGAGCUCCUCCUCAAGGAGUUCAACCAGGGCCAGACGUCAUCUGGUGAUAAUCAUCGUGGAAAAACAGAUUGCAACUGCCUGCCCUCAUGCACCUCCAUUGCAUACGAAGCGGAAAUUUCUCAAGCCGAUUUCGAUUACAAAGCAAUAGCCCAGCACGCAAAGGGGGAUAAUGCCGCUGAUGAAAAAGAGGGCCUUAAGAUGGCUCGUGUAUCAAUUUUCUUCAAGGAGGCACAAUUUUUGACUUCGCGUCGCUCGGAGCUUUAUGGAACCACCGAUUUUCUCGCCAACUGUGGAGGUCUAUUGGGUCUUUUCAUGGGCGUGUCCACACUGAGCAUAGUGGAGCUAGUCUAUUUUUGUACGGUUCGUCUCAUUUCCAACCUGCGGAUGCGCCGCAAGACCCGCCGAGAAAUUUUGCAUGCUGCUCAGGCCAACAAAGAAGCCUGAAUAGGCCAAGGAUAGGAUACGACUGCCACUUAUGCAUAAUUUAGUGGCAAUUGAAGCAGAACCUGCUGCUUCCAUCAUCCCACUGUGUAGUGUUAUGUUUAAUGUUAAAUCU